AUUUUCAAAUCUUCACAAUCUGGCCCCUUUGACAGCGGCCGUGACGCAGAAUUAUCCUCACACCGGAUUCCAGGACGACCGGAAUAACGCUUUGAUACUCUUCAUCCGACAUUGCUGGAACGAGUCACUCGUUGGGUAGCGUGGUUUCUGCGAUAGGGUUGACAUCAUGGCUGCGCCGGCGACAACGACGACAGCGGCGGCAGCGGCCGGCCAGGGGAAUGGAAACGGUGGGAGUCAGGCCCAGGGCGGUACCACCUCCAGCGUGGAUCCGGAUGUUGUGAACGAGAUGCUUUCACACUAUCUAUUUGUCGUUCUGGGCGCCCUUUCCGUCGCCCUCGCUGCCUGGCGCUUCACAACGCUCCUGGUCAGGUAUGUCCGGACUGUGACAUGUCUGCACAACGACACACAGCGCUACUUCGCCAAGCCGUCCGAGAAGCUAUCGUGGUUCAAGAGAAACAUCAUCUACGCCCCCAUCCUCAGCAAACGACAUAAUCGCGAGUUUCAGCUCAGUUCAGCGGUCAAUGUUGGAACUCUCCCUACGCGGUUGCAGCUGGUCUUCCUCCUCGGCUACUUAGCCACUAAUGUGGCUUUUUGCGUCCUGACCAUCGACUUCUCUCGACCUCUGGCCCAGGUUGCCGGACUGGUUAGGAACCGGACUGGAUACCUUGCCGUCGUCAACAUGAUACCCCUGAUCUUGAUGGCAGGCAGGAACAAUCCCCUCAUCUACCUGCUUGGAAUGUCGUUCGACACUUUCAACUUGCUUCACCGUUGGCUAGGCCGCAUUGUCAUUCUGGAGAGCCUUGCCCACACCUUGGCCUUCCUCGUCAAUAGCGCUUCCAAGAAUGGCUGGGAUGCGGCCUUCGCUGGCGUAUUUGGCUCGCAAUUCUUGCUGUUCGGAUUCAUCUCUACUUGCGCCUUUGUGGCCAUUGGUGUCCAGGCAGCGAGCUUGUUCAGGCACGCCUACUACGAAACUUUCAAGCUUGCUCACAUCGCUUUAGCAAUCGCUUCAAUCGUUGGCCUCUGGUACCACUUGGACCUGAAGAAACUGCCGCAAAUCAAAUAUGUCUACGUGGCCGUCGCCUUCUGGGCUCUGGAUCGUGCUGCCCGUCUUCUCCGUUUGGGAUACCGCAAUCUAGGCGCUGGCGGCACCAAGACGUUGGUGGAGGCACUACCCGGGGGCGCCUGCCGCGUGACGGUGAACAUGGCACGGCCGUGGAAGUUUCGACCAGGGCAGCACGCGUACCUUUACAUGCCGACCAUUGGCUUUUGGCAAUCACACCCUUUUACAGUUGCAUGGAGCGACGAAUUGGAACAGCACGACAAGGAGAAGCUCCCUGUGGCCCGCCAAGACGUCCUCGCGAAGAAGAAGACUACGGUGUCAUUCAUCAUCCGCAGCCGAACCGGCUUCACCAAUGCACUGUACCUCCGAGCGGCGGCCCAACCGGACGGGAAGAUGGUGACGCGGUGCUUGGUCGAAGGCCCUUACAUGGGCUCUAUCAGGCUACACUCGUACGGGACUGUCAUGCUCUUUGCCGGAGGUGUGGGCGUCACCCAGGCGGUGCCGCACGUCCGGGACCUGGUGGCGGGUUAUAGCAACGGCACUGUAGCGACACGCAAGGUUAUCAUGGUGUGGAUCAUUCAAAGCCCGGAGCACUUGGAGUGGAUACGCCCCUGGAUGUCAGAGAUUCUGGCAAUGGAGAAGCGGCGCGAGGUGCUGCGCAUCAUGCUUUUCGUAAGUCGCCCGCGGUCAACCAAGGAGAUCCACAGCCCGAGUGCCACAGUCCAAAUGUUUCCUGGCCGGCCGAACAUCGACACGCUGCUCGGCAUGGAAAUGGAGAACCAGGUCGGUACGAUGGGCGUCUCGGUGUGUGGCCCGGGUGCACUCAGUGAUGAAGUGCGGAGGGCGGUGCGGAACAGGCAAUACCAGGGGGCCAUCGACUUCGUCGAGGAAGCUUUCUCCUGGUAGGCAGGCUGACAAAGGAAGGGAUUGGUGUUGCCGGUCUGACCAUCAACUUCGCGGAUGAACUGAGGGGUUGAUUCGGGAUUGCAUGUUUCCCAUAUGUCGGUCAUUACUGUACAGGCAUCACGCAAACCUGCUAACGGUGGCAGCC